GAAAACAGAAAUCUGGAAAGUGCAAUCCCUAGAUUCCACUCUUUGCGUGCGGCGUCACUGGGAGUGCUGCGUCUGUGUUUUCUGCUCCUUAAAUCCCAAAUUGCAAACGGGCACUCUCUUACUCUAUUGUGGUUGUUAUUUGACAUAAAGAGCUUAAAAUGACUGUCACAGAAAGACCAAAGAAAACUGGUGCACCCCAAAUUGUUAAGUUGGACAAGGCAUUGAAAUUGGCUGAGUUAUGGGUAAAUAAUAUGAGCAAAGCUGCAGAUGAUGAAGGAACAAAUGUGGAUAUAGAGGGUCGACCUUUUAGGCUUGGUCUAGGAGCAAAAGUUUCACGCCAAUCCAAAGUUGGACCUUCAAAUGACCCGGUUGAAAGGAAAUUGCAUGCCAAAUUGGAUGCUGAAAAAAGAAAAGCAGCUAAUAUUGCUAAAGAGUCUACCACAAUUGCAAGAGAUGUUUUAGAUGACGAUGAAGACAACGAAAACGUAGACAGCCGAACUAGUGCAUUUUCCAAGAGGAAGGCAGAAGUUCCUUUGACCUCAUCUAUUCUUAGAAAUAAGAAGCAGAAGUGACAUAUAUAUAUAUAUAUAUAGUCAGUAGGAAUAGAUAAAUUUACUAGCAUAGCCUACCCUAUUGGCAUCUAACUUUGCCUUAGGAGUUAUUUGAUGCGGGAUUGAACGUCCUAGUGCCCACUUUUUUACUAUUUUCCUUACAUUCCCCUUCGGGUCUAAAGGAUCUUCAAUGUAACAAAAAAAAUGUAACAGUGUUUCGAAGAGAAAUAAUAUGUAGUUUACUAGUUUAAU